CAGUCCGGAAGUGAUGUUAUCAAAACAAACGCCACUCCACAUCUUGUUAACACGGACCAAACGCGUCAGUUCACAGAGACAUCUGUUGGCCACCUUCACACCGGUCAUGCUGAAAGCUGUGGGACAAGCUCUGUUCUCAACUGGACUGCAGAACCCCAAAUUCACAGCAGAGGAGAAGCAGGGAGAGGACUAUGAGGUUCGCACCUACCAGCCCACUAAGUGGGUGAGCACCACCCUGAGUGCGAUGGAGUGGGACACAGCCAUGAACGCCGGCUUCCGCAGGCUCUUCAACUACAUUCAAGGCAACAAUGGCAACAAGGUGAAAGUGGAGAUGACGGCCCCCGUCAGCUGCCGCGUGGACCCCGGCGCCGGCCCCACGUGUGAAUCUCAGUUCACCAUGUCCUUCUACGUCCCAGAGGAGCAUCAGGAGAACCCUCCAGAGCCGAGCGACCCGGACGUGUUUGUGGAGCACAGGAAAGAGUUCACAGUUUAUGUCAGGAGGUACGGCGGAUUCUCCAAUGAGAAAGCGAAGCGCGAGGAGCUCCUGAAACUACUGGAAAGCCUGCAGAGAGACGGGGUGCAGUACGUCGACAAGCCGUUCUACACCGCCGGGUACGACAGCCCCUUCAAACUGACCAACCGCAGGAACGAGGUCUGGGUCCUCAAGAAGGAGCCGGAGUAGGAAGACAAAGGUCAAGCAACGCUCCUGCCCAUUAUAACUCUCAGAUAGCCACUCAUUAAAAAUAGUUUACAUGAUCUUUUGACAAGGCUUGAGGAAUUUCAGACAGUUCAGCAACACUAAGCAAAGUCUAAAGUGGGAAAAGGAAUCGUUGCUAUUAUCGAACUAUAAUGGAUGAAAUGGAAGUUUCAAGGUCACACUAAUGAUCAACAUUUGUCUGUUUUGCUUUAUUUGCUUUGGCUGUUGAAUUACAGACUCACUGAAAGUCUUGAUAAAGGGAUCAAAACAGUGAUUACAAAAGCUCCAGGAGGUCAAAUUAAAAAAAGGGGGGAGCGGAGGGGAAUAUAUAUCCAGCAGGUGGAGCCAAGUAGUCAGGAAACAGUUUGUCUCAUUUGGUGCAUCCUGUUAGACCAAAAAACCACAAAGUGCCUUGUCACGUUUUUCAGUGAUUGAUUUAUUUUCGCCUGUUAUUUGCACACAUUGCAAAUUGCUGAUUAUUCGGUGAUGCUUAAAGGAUGGGAAAAAAUGACUUAAAUUGUUGAUGAUGUGAUCGUUCUUCUUGUUUUUUUUUGUUUGUUUUUUUUACCCAAAUCUUAAUAUAAACCAUCUGUGUGUAAAAUGAUUAGGUUCACAUGUUUUCAGGUCUGUCUUAAAGCAGUAAGCACAUUAAAACAGUUAUUUGAUCCUAGAGGGUGAAAUCGAGGAAAAGCAUUAUAUAACUGUCCUUACUGGCCUUAAGAACGACAACAUAACACUAAUGAUAUCAAUUAAAAUCAAGGCGCUUCUUUUUUGGGACCUUUUCCAAGAUUGAAAAAAAAUAUUUUCAAGCCAUUUGGAAAUGCCACAAAACUUGGAAUAGGCAGGGAAGAUCUACUAGUAAAUAUGAGAUGUACCUAAAAUCAAAAUGCUUUUACUCUGUAACUCAACAGGAGGACUGUGUGAUUAGUCUGGAAUAACUUCUGGAAGGGACCAGUUAUGUUUUCAAUUCUAGGGUAGUUUUAAGACAAACCUGAGGAAAUGUGAGCCCAUCCUUUCACCUUGUAAGGUCACCUGCAGAGUCUGACUGCAGGGUUCUUUUUUUCUUUUUUUUUUGCUCUCGUCAGUCAGCGGUUGGCUGUGAAGGUGACUCUCCGGCAAAAUGAUUUUGUACAUCUCACAUUUAUCUGAUCUCAGGCGUGACUUACCGUCACUGAGUCAUAGUAAAACUGGACCGGUCAUACCUGCAUCACCAAGUACGAUGACCGAACAAGUGUGCCUGUGUGCUUUCAGCUCUGAUCUGCCAACAUCUGCGAUGCUUGCUGUGUGCUGCUAAGGUGACAUUUAAAAAAACUAACGUAAACAUGCCUUUUUAAAACUCCUUUUUUUUGUUGUUGUUUUACAUCAAAUCAUAUUUAUCCUCAUGUGUAUCUUUUAAUCUGUUAGGGAUUGUGUGUUUUUAAUCCAGAAGGGGGGCAGUAACAUGAUACUUGAUAAAGGAAUGAUGACACUGCACUGAUAAAUGAAUAAUGGAAGAUAUUACUUACUCCCACCUGAUGCUUAAGAAUGUGAAAUGUUUUAUCUCACCAAUAAUAAAUAUAACUGAGCAUCUAAU